AUCUCCAUCGCGUCAACAUGUUCAACAAGGGUGUUUUGAUGCUUGCUUUGGUGGGCGUGGCUCUGGCCGCCCCUUCGGAUCCGUACCACCAGCCUUCCUACAAGGAGGAGCCGAAGCCGUACCAGUUCGCCUACGGAGUCAAGGAUGAAUACGCCGGCACCGACUUCGGUCAGAGCGAGGAGUCCGACGGCCAUGCUGUCAAGGGAUCCUACACUGUCCAGCUCCCCGACGGCCGCAAGCAGACGGUAAACUACGUGGCUGACCACUACAACGGCUACCAGGCUGAGGUCAGCUACUACGGCGAGGCUCAGUACCCCCACCAGUACGGUCCCCCUGUCACCUUCAAGCCCCAGGCCUACCACCCCCAGCCUUCGUACAAGCCACAGCCUUCGUACCACUAAAGACCUCUUGAAUGUUUAUAAACAAGUCAGUUCAAUUAGUUUUGAACUAAACUAUGUAAAUUAUCGACUA